GGUCACCGGCUGUCCGGGAUGGCUUCCAAUUUUAAUGACAUAGUGAAACAAGGGUACGUGAGGAUCCGGAGCAGACGCCUAGGGAUAUAUCAGCGAUGCUGGCUAGUAUUCAAGAAAGCUUCAAGCAAAGGUCCAAAAAGACUGGAGAAAUUUUCCGAUGAACGUGCUGCAUAUUUUAGGUGUUAUCAUAAGGUUACAGAGCUCAACAACGUGAAGAACGUAGCUCGGUUGCCAAAGAGCACCAAGAAACAUGCCAUAGGGAUUUAUUUCAAUGAUGAUACCUCCAAGACCUUUGCUUGUGAAUCAGAUCUUGAGGCCGAUGAAUGGUGCAAAGUACUCCAGAUGGAGUGUGUGGGCACGCGGAUCAAUGACAUCAGCCUCGGAGAGCCUGACUUAUUGGCUACUGGGGUUGAGAGAGAACAGAGUGAGAGAUUCAAUGUGUAUUUGAUGCCAUCCCCUAACUUAGAUGUACAUGGCGAAUGUGCCUUGCAGAUUACAUAUGAGCACAUCUGUCUUUGGGACGUCCAGAAUCCCAGAGUCAAACUCAUCUCUUGGCCGCUAAGUGCCCUGCGGCGGUACGGGCGAGAUGCUGCUUGGUUCACUUUUGAGGCAGGGAGGAUGUGUGAAACUGGGGAAGGGCUGUUUAUCUUUCAAACGCGAGAUGGGGAGGCCAUCUACCAGAAGGUCCACUCUGCUGCCUUGGCAAUAGCUGAGCAGCAUGAUCGCUUGCUCCAGAGCGUGAAAAAUUCAAUGCUCCAGAUGAAGAUGAGCGAGCGGGCCGCCUCCCUGAGCACCAUGGUGCCCCUGCCCCGUAGCGCCUACUGGCAGCAUAUCACACGACAGCACAGCGCUGGGCAGCUCUGCCACCUGCAAGAUGUUGCCAGCCCUCUGAAGCUUCAUCGGACAGAGACUUUUCCUGCCUACCGAUCGGAGCACUGACAGGAGCUGCUGAGAAUCGAGAAUCGUUGUGUGACACACUUGUGAUGUGUUGGCCGCCGCAGAUCCACCAGGAGGCCACAGGAUGACAGCGAGGGGAGCCACGAUGGAAAGAGGCGGGAAGUCCUGGCUAAUUGUGUGGUCAUUGGGAAACUGCAAUGCAAUAUUUGUCUUUUUCUUU